UUUUUUGUCCUUUUUUUUUCUUCGUCUUCAUCUAACGUCUCAAAGUCGAUUUAUCACUUUUGAUGCUUUUUCCUUUUUCAGAUUUACAUACAUGUUAGAUUGUUAUGCAUCUUUGUCCUUCGAGACCCUGUUUUGAGUUCUUGGUUUUGUUUGGUUCAUGCAUGCACCUAUUGCUGUGUUACUAGUAUGCUCAAAAUUAUUUGAAAAACAGACCAUUACAGGGAUGAUUUGUCAUAAACCUUUUUCUUUCGUAAUUGUGCUAGAUCUGAUCGCAUAAUGACCGACAAUGGCAAUGGUCAAAUAAUGAGACUGAACCUCAGCAAUCCUUCCAGUGAAUUUACUCGCAGGAAAAAUUGGUCACAAAGCAUACUAGACGCUCUGCGCGAUGUAAUUCAUGUAAUGACAGCUGAUAUGCGUCUCAUUUAUUGUUCAGAUGCUUCGAGCGAGUUCCUAGGUUACAAACCAGCAGAACUAAUCAACCGCACAUUUACUGAAUUUCUACAUGUCGAUGAUGUUGAUAUGUUUGCUCGUGAAUAUAGAAACGCUAAGAAUACUAUGCAAAAUUUCGUUUGCACGUACAGGUUUUUGCGUAAAGACGGCAAGUACACAACGCUAGAGUCAAGAGGCAAGUUUCACAAAAACUCAUUCUUUGGAAACGCACGAAAGGUCCCCUCAAACGUUGCCCGAUCUAUGGACACUUUUUUGGAACUUAAAUUGGAAAAUGAAAAGUUAAUGAACCAACUUUCACUUCUAAGAGCUCAACGUAAAUUAUCAAGAACAUCCGAAACUUCUAGCGAUCAUACACCCUCAAGUACAUCAUUAACCACAGGAAGCACAGAUGGAGGAGGAGAUGAUUCCAGCGACGAUUUUGACGAUUUCAAUAUACCCUUAAACCCACCCAAUGUUUAUGCACAAGGUGUUAACGCUUCGUCUGAUGCAAAUGAAAGCUUAGCCAUGUUCACUGGUUUACGAUAUGAUUUGGGAGAAAGAUCACACGGUAUCUCACUGGGUUUAGACGCGGAAUUGAUAAAUGUACCUCCGAACCACUUCUCCUCGCUUCCCAUUGUGAUGAACAAUUCUGAUAUUGUAACGAUAAACUCAUCCUCGCAAGACAAACAUCGAGGGAAGAAGAAACGCGUUGAAAAACCAGUAGGAAUGAGGAUAUGUACGGAUUGUGGAACGACUGAAUCACCUGAAUGGAGAAAGGGCCCCAAGGGACCGAAAACCUUGUGCAACGCUUGUGGUUUACGUUGGUCCAAAACUCAAAAGAAGGCUGAAGCCACUAGGUAAAGUUUAGAGAAUGCUUUCUUACAAUAAACCAUUGAUUGUCUGUGCUGUAAUAAUCGGUUCGGGUGUUUCAGCUUUUUUUUUUUUUGUUUUUGU